AAUGAACUGCAAGGAUUUUCCAACAAUCUGGUUUCCCACGUGCUCCUUUCCAGUUGUUAAUCUUGGAGACAAGCAUACCACUGGUCAACAUGAAAAAGCUCACUGCCGUCGACUUGACUAAACUCGUCAAAGAUUUCAUCCAACUGGAGCAUAAAAUUACGGAGAUGAAAGGGGAAAAUAAUACUCUUGAAAUACAGCUGGACGAGACUAGCAGACGUCUAAAAAUCGCACAGAACAAGGAGAAACAGUUAAUUGAAGAGAGAGAUGGGCUUUUGGAAACUGUCAAAGGUCUACAACAAACCUUACAUCAACAGUGCGACCUCAGAGUUGAAAAUGAAAGGCUGAAAAAUGCAGCUCUUCAGAUGAAGAAAGAAAACGAAGAUCAAUUAAAGGAAAGCAAUACUCGGCUUCAGAGGAUGGCAGCUGAGAUGAAAGCCCUACAAGAUCAACACCAGAGGGAGUUAGAAGACUGUGAUAAAGAAACAAAAAUGAAAUUGGAUGCUAAAGAUAAUGAACUGAAAGUGGCUCAUGAGAGAAAUGAAUGCGCUUUGGAGGAGAUGAGAAGGCAGAUGAGAGAGAAGGAGAAAGAAAUGCAAAGCCAAAUCAUUAAACUUCAAAUGGAGUUUGGUGCUAAGCUUGCAAGGGCCCAGAGCAUGUCCACAAAGAGUCAGCCACAGACACAAGCAUCUGGUCCUCAUCCACAGAAUAUCUUUAAAAGAAAGCUCCAGUUCAUUCAGGAGGAGAAAAACAAAGAGAUUGAGGUUCUGCGUCAGAGGGUGAGAGAGCUGGAACAGCAGAGCCUUCAGGGAUUGAUGGACUCUCGUCUGAAGAGGAGGAAAAACUGAGACUUAUUUUGAUCUGACCAUUGAUACGUGAGGGCCUUCAUCCAACUCUUUGACAGUUGUAUUUAUUUUAAAACACAUUUCCCUCAGAAUAUGUUCUAAAUAUUUUUCAGUUACGUUCUGUUGUGUUCUUAAUUUCAAUAUACGUGUUUAUUGCC